UGGAGAUCAAUCCAUCGAUCGGCGGACGCGAUGACGGUGCUCAAGGCCGUGUACCGCGCGGUGGUGAACAACUUCCUCGUCCUCGCCGCGGCGGCCGCGGCGGUCGUGCUGCUCCGGUGGCACGGGGAGGUGGCGGCGCGCGUCCGCGACGUGGCGCCCCUGCACGCGGCCAUGGCGGCGGUGGUGGCGGCGGGCGUGGCGAGGCUGGUGCGGGCGCGGCGGGGGCGGGAGGUGUACCUGGUGGAGUACGGGUGCUUCCGGCCCAGGCCCUGCUACCGCGCGCCGUUCGCGACGUGCCUUGAGCACGCGCACCUGAUGCCGUACCUGGUGGACGAGGAGAGCGUGGCGUUCGCCAUCCGGCUGCUGGAGCGGUCGGGGCUCGGCGACGAGACCUGCGUGCCCGACGCGUACCACUACAUGCCGCCCGACCGGAGCCUCAGGGCGUCGCGCGACGAGACGGAGCUGGUCAUCUUCUCCGCCGUCGACGACGCGUUCGCCAGGUCGGCCCUGGGGCCCGACGACAUCGACGUGCUCAUCGUCAACUGCAGCAUCUUCACGCCCACGCCGGUGUUCGCCGACAUGGUCGUCAACAGGUACAAGCUCCGCGCCGAGGUGCAGAACGUGAACCUGUCGGGGAUGGGGUGCAGCGCGGGGCUGGUCUCCGUCGGCCUCGCCAAGAACCUCCUGCAGGUGGCGCCACCGGGCACCAACGUGCUCAUCGUCUCCACCGAGAUCCUCUCGUCGCAGUACUACGUCGGCACCGAGCGCGCCAUGCUGCUGCCCAACUGCCUCUUCCGCAUGGGCGCCGCCGCCAUGAUCCUCUCCAACUCGCCCGAGCACGCGCGGUACCGCCUCGGCCGCGUCGUGCGCACCGUCACCGCCGCGCGGGACACCGACUACCGGUGCGUGUUCCAGGAGGAGGACGACAAGGGCAACACCGGCAUCCGCCUCUCCAAGGACCUCGCCGCCACCGCCGGCCACGCGCUCAAGAGCAACAUCGCCGCCUUCGGCCCGCUCGUCCUGCCGGCCUCCGAGCAGCUCCUCGUGGCCGCCUCCUUCCUCAAGCGCAAGCUCCUCAGCGGCCGCGCCAAGGUCCGCCUCUACCGCCCGGACUUCCGCACGGCCUUCGAGCACUUCUGCAUCCACGCCGGCGGCCGCGGCGUCAUCGACGAGGUCCAGCACGGCCUUGGCCUCUCCGACGACGACGUCGAGGCGUCCCGCAUGACGCUGCAUCGCUUCGGCAACACCUCCAGCAGCUCGGUGCUCUACGAGCUCGCCUACCUGGAGGCCAAGGGGAGGAUGAAGAAGGGGGACAGGGUGUGGAUGAUCUCCUUCGGCGCCGGCUUCGACUGCAACAGCGUCGCCUGGGAGUGCGUCAAGCCACCGGCCGACGCCGAUGGGCCAUGGCUCGACUGCAUCCACCGCUACCCCGUCGACCUCCCCGAAGUAGCCAAAGACGUCUAAAUACAUCAAAAGAAUUUCGCCACGACGUCCAUCAAACCCUUAAUUAUUUUUUGCAUGCAUGCAACUGCCAGGUCACCACGUACAUAUAUAUGUGUAUAUGUACUAUGAUGAUUAAUUCGUCCUAGUAUAUAUGACAUACAUAUAUAUACUCGGUAUUGUUACAUUACAUGAUGGGAUCGAUCGAUAUGUAUGAUAUUUGGCAUGUACACGGCCGGGAUAUGAUAUGAUACUUUCUUCAACAUAGAACGAAAUAAUAACGAAAUGAAGUGGAUAUGAUAUAUGUAUAGGCAAGCAA